AUGGGGUCAUCAUUUGAGGUCAAAAGAUCGACCCAUGCCAUCACUUUACAACCAAAUGAAACCGUAUUGACUGCGUUUCCCUAUGGGCCUCAUAGCUCUCUGCUGGAUUUCCUCAAGGGAGAGCCCAGAGUCUUGGGGGCUGUUCAGAUCCUGCUUGCCUUGAUCAUUGUGAGCAUUGGGACAAUUUUUGCAUUUAAUUACUUCAGUUACUCCCAAAGAUUUCCACUUGUUUUCUUCACAGGAUAUCCAUUCUGGGGAGCGCUUAUUUUUAUUAUUACAGGAUAUGUCACAGGAUUCAACAGGAAGGAAAAAUGUCUGGGGCAAGAUGUCAUGGCCAUGAAUGUGAUCAGUUCCUUGGUUGCAGUGGCUGGGAUUGCUCUCACCAUUAUCAGCUUUCAACAUCAGCACCAGUACUGCGACUCGCCUUCCAUCGAAGGAAUAUGUGUUAUAGGUAGAAUCCUUUUCACUGGCAUUUUGUCAGUCUUACUAAUCAUCAGCUUGGUAGAGCUCAGCAUCUCUGUGACUAUAGCCUCCUUUAGAAGCAAGUGCUGGACAAGGUCAAAUGAGAUUGUGUUUCUCUUGCCUUUGGAUGUUACUCACGAGAGUGAAUUAUCUAUCCCUGAUGAAAAUGCUAUAAUACAAAUGGACCUUCAAGAAGAGCCAAACAGAGGUGACUCACCAACAAACAUACAACCUGUUUUCUUUGGAGGCUAUACUUUCUUCAAGUUAAGAGUCUCAAGAAAUCCUUUAACCUUCCAUCAUUCAGAGAGAAAAGGCAGUAACAAUUACUACAAAUCUUCUUCAUCUGGGUCAGAUGAACAACAGAAAAAUAUCCCUUCCCCUUUUAGCUAUUAUGAGGAAGAAACUGAGCAGAAACCUUUGCCUCCCAAGUCAGAGAAAAGGCCCUCAGAAGAUGACGCACACAGUGAUCGAAUAAAUGAUGAAGAUCUACAAUUUGCUGUUGAAUAUCCCUCUGAAAGGCAAACCCAAAUGCUGCAGGCUGAAGCCUUGCCACUCCAAGUUUUUCCAUCCCAUUCUGUAAAAAGUCUUGAAGCAUUACCACCCAAUCACUUGCCAUCUCAAGCUCUGUCAGCACAAACCCUGUUAUAUGAAGCCCCCACACACCAUGUCACACAGUCUCAUGACCUGAUACCCAAAGACAUGCCAGCACAAGACAUGCCUUCCCAAGAUAUGCUUUCCCAAGUACAGGAUCUGCCAAUAAAAGCCAUGCAACUUGAAACCCAAACAUUUCAUGCUGUGCAGGAUCUUAGUGUACAACAGCUAGAACAGAAAUUCUUGGGCCUUCAUCUACAAAACAUCCAACAUCUAGACCAGCAAUUUACACAUACGUCAUAUCAGGACAUUCAAUCAGAAGUAAAUUUGCUGACCCAAGAAUGGAAAUAUGAGAAACACCAAAGCAGGAAAUCCAUCAGGAAGCAUUCCUUUGACCAGCAUAGUAAAGGCUGGCAAUCUCCAACAAAUAAAUUCCUAGACUUGCCAAUCCAAGCCCCACAACCCCCAAGGAAGAAAUCCCUAGACCAACAUAUCAAAGGCUGGCUAUCCCCAAAGAGGCACUCUAUAGAUAAACAAGUCCAAGGUAAACAAUUCUCAGAUCAGCAAGCUGAAGACCAGUUAUCCCAAGGAAAGCAAUCUCUAAAACAACAAUCCCAAAAUGAACAAGGUGAAGACCAGCAGGACAGAGAGGAGAAAUCCCUCGGGAAACAAAGCCAACAUAAAGAAGCUAAAGACCUGCAGGCCCAAGAGGAGAAAUCCCUAGAACAGCUAGACCAACAUCAACAAUCCCAAAUCCUGAAGUACCAAGACUGGCAAUCUUUAGGCCAACAAUCCCAAGAGUGGAGUAUGCAAGAAUGGAGAAACAGAGAGUGUAAAGCACAAGAAUGCCAAUUUGAAAUGAAGCAUUCCCUAAAUUGGGAGUCCCAAGCCUGGCAAACCCAAGAUCUAUUAGAGAAAGAAUUCCUAAAGCAGAAAGUUCUAUACAAAGAAACCCACACUCUGCAUGCUGUACCUCAACAGCAAUCACAAGAUGACAUAGUUCCAGACAGUCAGUAUCAAGGUAAGAACCAACAAGAUCUUCAGUCCACUGGUAUCCCAAAAGAAGAUAUGCAACUAGUCCCUAUACAAACAAAAGACCUCAAACUAGUGGACAUGAAAAGUCUAUGCCAAAAGUCAAGUGAGAUACAAUCAGAAGACACAAAGCCAGAUUUUCAUCAUGCCUCCUGCCAAAGCUCAGUACAAGAUGCGUCUUCCACCUAUUCAUCCAAUGUAGGUUCAGAACAAGAUAUGCAAGAUGUGCAACAAAACGCUUCAAUUAGCUCAACUUUAAUCUCAUGUUAUGCAAGGGAUCAACAGCAAUCUGAAGACUCUGACUAA